UACGAAUGAGCUGAUUGGUGGAGAGAUUGAGGAAAAGGUAAUCGGGAGAGUCCAGGUUGUGGCCGAGGUAGACACAGGGUUGAGCUUUGGGUGCAAAUUUGCCGCCGUGGGUGCGACGUUCCUGAGGGUUGAGGAGGACAUAAGCUGUACACCCCCAUACGCGGAGAGGACGUGCACUGGGCUUGGUGCCGGUCCACAGUUCAGCGGGAGUGAUGGCAGGCCGAAGAGGGUGAGGGUGAAGGUUGUACAGCAGCGUGGCAUGAAGGAGGGCGUAACCCCAAAGGGAAGCUGCUUUGGAGGAGAGGAGGUGGACGGAGGCAUAGCGAGAGUGAUCGUCAACGAGCACUAGGAAGUAAGAGUGCCCGCCACGAGAGCGGACUGGAGCUGGGCCCCAGACGUCCAUGUGGACGAGGUCA